UCCCAUCAGUUACUGCUCUCUCUCUCCCUCCCUCCCUCUCUGUCCCAUCAGUUACUGCAUUCUCUCUCUCUCUCUGUCCCAUCAGUUACUGCUCCCUCUCCCUCCAUCCUGUGUGUCCUGAACGCUCUCUUGCACCGCCUGCAUGUUUCCUUUCCUCCUGCUUUCUGAUGUGUGUCUGUGUUGGCCCAUUUCGGCCGGGAUCUCCUCCCCAGCCUGACGUCAGUGUCCCGGGGCGGUGCACAUACUCUCACACUCGGAGAGAGGGUCAGAGAGUCGGUCGUGGCCUGAGAUGGCCGGCAGCCUGGCCUUACAGAGCCCGCAGUGGUUCCCCAGCCACGUCCAGGUGACGGUGCUGAGAGCCAGAGGCUUGAGAGCGAAAGGCAAACACAACAGCAGCGAUGCGUUUGCUAUCAUCCAGCUGGGCAAGGAGAGGUACUGUACCUCGGUGCUGGAGCAGAGCACGGACCCUGAGUGGAAGGAGGAGUGUGUCUUCGAGGUUCUGCCAGACUGGUUGCUGGACGGUGAAGGAGGGGGCCAUGGAACAGACAAGGAGCUGCUAAUUACCAUCAUGCACAGGUCCCUGCUGGCCAUGGACAAGUUUCUGGGACAGCUCGCCCUGCCCCUGGCUGCAACCUACCGGCACAAGACCAGCAGAAAGCCAGAGUGGUACAAGUUGACUUCAAAGCCUGGGCAGAAGGAGAAGGAGCGAGGAGAGGUUCAAGUGAUCAUACAGUUUGUGCGCAACAACAUGACAGCCAGCAUGUUUGACCUGUCCUCCAAGGAAAAGCCCCGCUCGGCUCUGGGGAAACUGAAGGACAGGGUGAAAGGCAAGAAGAAGCACAAUAGCCCUCUGCUGGCCGAGUCUGUGUCAGCCAUUGUGCCGAGCAGUGUGGGGCAGGUCAUCAGCGAUGAGGAGCUCAAUGAGAAGGAAACGCCGCAGAAAAGACCCAAGAAAGGUUUCUUCUCAAAGCCCAAGCUGCAUAGAUCAUCGCUGACCAAGUCCAACAGCUCGCUCUGCUCCCAGCAAAGUGUGAAGUCCCUGGAAAGUGUCAGCAGCAGCAGUGGGGCUGUUACAGUAACAACCCCUCAACCCACCGAAGCUCCGCCUGGGUUCCAUCCUCUGCAUAAUGAAACAAUAGACGACAGUCUGUCCUUACCUAAGAAAAUGAUGCACAAGCGGGCACUUAGUGACGAGGUUGGCCAGGUCACCGCACCCCACAUCAAAGGCCUGGCACCAAAGACAAGCCCAUUGUCCAGGUCAUCGCUCUGCAUCAACGGGAGCCACGUCUACAAUGAGGAGCCUACCUCCAAAUCACCCUUUGGUUUAUCCCCAGAAUUGACGUCCCUCUCCUGUUCCUCCCAGGACAUUGAAAACAAGAGAGAGCCAUCUCCUUGGCCGACUUCCCUGAAUGAGCCUGAGGGCACGUCCAGCAGCCCAGCAAAGCUGAUCCCUCCAGUCAUCAGAGUGGCUGAUGAGGAGGGUGACCCAGUCCUAGCUGGAGAUGCUCAGAAGAACAUGGAAGUCAGGAGCGCACGCAGUCCCAAGCCCAUGCAUGCUGCUGCUCCCAUUAUCUCCACAGUUGAGCCCGCAAGGAACAUCACAGAUGAGACUAAGAAGGCCAGUAUUUUCCCCUUCGGGAAUGAGAGCAAACAUUCCGAAGGCAAAAGAUCCCGGACUCCGUCGCCAGUGAGGAAAUGUAGCUCUUUGGCUGAAAAGAGUAAAAGCAGUGGCUGGUUCGUGAAGGAUGCGAGUCACAAACCAAGUAUUACCUUUGGGUUUCAAGGUGUACCUGAUGUGUCGGUUCCCUCCUCGCGUACAGCAGAUUCCAGUGAAAGCGAUUUGUUCGCCUUGGCAAAAUCUGUAGUCAAAGAAGACAUUGCCAACACAGCUCCUGCCCCAGCUUCUACAAUGGCCAGAGAAAAGGCAAGCUCCUUCCAAAGUUCAGAGACAUCGGAUCCAUCUGAUCCACUGGUCAGCUCAGAUUCAGCCAUGUGGUCAGCUGUCUUCCCUGUGGCGCCACCUGAUGCUGAGGUUAAAGGUCAAGUGAUGCAUGCACCAUUAGCCCCCACAGGCAUCGUGUCACUGGGAAAUUUGAAAGCCUCUGCCCCUGUUGAACCUAGAAAAAUGAAAAUGGUGUCUCGGGGAGAAGCUGAAUGUUCCUCGAUGUUCGUGCAAACAGUUGAUCGCAAGACUGUGGAAAUGGGUCCUUCAGUUCCAUCUCCAAAUACCACAUCAGUGCAUGUCGAUAACUCAAGUGGCAGCAUUUCGAUGAACACCUUCCGAUUGCAAGCCAACUCAAUAUGCAGGAGCGAUGCACCUUCCAAUAAAAUGUUGAAAGGAGCCACUACAGAGAGUGCAAAACCCCUAGAUUUAGAAACUUUCUCACUACAAGACACUACCCUUUUGCCAUCCAUUGAGCUGCCAUCCAAGGUGGAAGGCAGUGGUUCACCUCCAAUGAGUCAAAAUGCUGAUCUCCACAAAGAAGGACACGCCUUUGUACCUGUGCUGAAAACUGAGCUUGAACCAAAGACUGAAUGUGGGUCUCGUGUCUUACACCAAGAAAAGAUUACAAAUAAUCAUGAUGUAGAGAAACAGUCAGCUCUGAAGGACAGUGACAGAAGCCCAAGGGAUACUGCCAAACACCUGGAAGGCUGGCAGCAUGUUGGAAAUUCUCUGCUAUUUGUAUCUGCACCAGAAACCACUACAGAUGAUGGUGAAGGGACAAUACAUGCCAAAAACAGGAAUACCAACAUUGUGCCUUUAUUUAGAGAUGGUGACAAUAAUAUCCGAGACAAUGUUUGUCUACCCAACUCCCAAGGUUUCUUCAGCAGAGAUGACAAACAUUACUCUAAGGAUGAUCAAUAUGCGGUCACAGUGGAGUGCAAAUUCCAGGAUGUUGGCAUUCCCUGUGAGGGGGCAGAGAAGAUCCCAGACUCUACUGAAGCUGAAAAAGAGAGGUCUGAAUUCCUUGUCGAAUCAGACACCCUGUUCGUACAAAUUGGGCCUCCACCUCCCAAACCGCCCAGGUCGCUUUUGUGCACCAGUCUGGGUUUGGAGGAGAAGGUCCACUUGGUGAAGGAACAGCAAAGAGAAAAGGAGCUACCAUUUGACCUCCCAUUUGACCAUUUGACUGCAGUGCAAUCAGUAAACCUAACAGAGCCGCAGUCGGAUCAGAAGUUUGAACAAAAGGCCUCUCUUGUGGUCUCGUGCCCAGCUGCUGAUGAGGCAAAUCCUGAUUGGACUGAUUCCAUUGCCGCAGAGUCUGCAAUGAAGGAGCUUGUGGAUAAUAUUAGACCAUCAAAUGAUGCGGUAACUAAGAGAGAAGCCUCUUGUGGGACUGUUGAGUUGAGUGUAAAUGAGAGGACAGGGGUUGAGCGCUAUAAGACCUGUCUUUCUACGCUCUCAGUGGAGGGAAUAAACACAUUGAUUGAUGAUGGAAAUUCAAACAAAUUGGAUGAUUUCCAUCAAACUCUUUCUUUGGGGCUAAUUGAAGGCCACCAGGCUAAGCAACCUGUUAAAUUACAGCCAACUUUAUUCAAAACAACUGCUGCUGUGAACUCACUGGAGACCAUCUCACCGGCAGUGGAGAAACCACUAACAGUCCGGAAGAGUUGUAAUGAAUUUCUGAAAGAGGAGACCAGCUCGCUCUGGCCUGAUCACACUGACCAGACAGAGCUGGACUUCAUAUCAGCUGUUGAAGAGCUGCCGCACCAGUCUAGUCCUAUCUUGACCGAGUCACUGGGGAGUAGUAUAGGACUCAAGCCUGAGAUGGGUGGAACAGCUGGAGAGAGCGCAGGGCCUUCAACGCUGACAGAUUCUGAGGAGACACUAACUGGGAAUAUGGAGGUGGAAACUCAGAAUGACCGAACCGGCGAUGCUGUGUGUCAAAUCAUUGGGGUCAGGCCUUCUCCACGCCGUGAACCUGUGACCGUUGAGGCAGAAAAGGAACAGCGAGCCCGAGGGGAAGAAGCCAACUUGGCUGACCAUUCUCCUCCUGAUCUUUGCCCACCCUUGUCUGUACAGUCCAACCAGGGUCAGAUUUCAGAGGAAACCAGUGGUGUAGCGUGUAAAAGCGAGCCUUCUGCCCAGAAUGUUGACCUCCAGCCUAUCAGCAAUGGUGGGCCAGUGAUUGAAGGUGACUCCUUAACUGGGCCCCACAUCUACUCUGCGGCCUGUGACUCUUCCUCUGAGGAAGGACUGAGCUUUAAAGAACUCCACCUAAAGGCUGCACCGCAUGCCCUUCAAGUCCCUAAUUUCACUGAGGCACCACUGGCCCAUCUUCCACCAAGUAACAAGCCUUUGGCCUUCUCUACUCCUUACCCUGUGGCUGUAACUAAUUCUAGAGUAACUGAUCUCCCCUCUCCCAUCCUCUUCCCUUCGAAUGUUGUUCCCCUCUCAGCGACCACCCAGCCAGCGGUCACCACCCAUCACUCGCUGCAGUCCAGUGGUUCGAAGGUGUCACCACUUAAGGUUAUGCCCCGGGAGACACAGCCAGCUGAGAUGCGUUCACCUCAGCAGAGAAUCAGCCCUCAUCCUGUGAAGCCGAUCAGCAGUACUGUGCAAAUUACAGAGAAGAAAUCUGGUCUGUUGGAGCUUGGCAGCACUUUAAGCAGUGGGCUUGAGAAACUGAAGAAUGUGACUACAGGAAGUACCAGCCCCAUCAAAUCACCAGCAUCCGGUCAGGAGGAGCAGGAAGCAGUGAAGGAAUCCAAGCUCAUUGACCCAGUUGCUCGUUACUACCACCUGACUCAUGACGAACUCAUCAAAAUAAUUCUGCAGCAGGAGUUGGAGAUGAAGAAGAAAGAGGAGCAUGUGCGAGAUCUAGAAGAAUACAUCGAUGUAAUCCUAGUGCAAGUCAUGGAGCAAAAGCCCAGCAUUCUCCAGUCAGUGAGUGAAAAGUUGAAGAACAAGGCAGUUAACAAAUGACAUAGGCCAGUGACUGUAGAAGGGUUUCCUUUCUACCCUUACACUAGUAAAUUCUGGAACCAAAUAGUACAACUGAUGUAAUCACUUUCCUGCUGUAGAUGGCUUGUGUUUUUAAAUGAUUGUCCCAGAUUAAUGAUUCGCUAAAGCGAUGGUUAAAGGGGAACAUGACUUAUUCAUACUUUGGUUGAAACGCUGUGUUUUCACAAUUGCGGCCAAGAGGCAAAUUCAGCUCUGAUUUGUUGGAUGGACAAAACUCGGGAGUUAAAUUAGGGCAACCUGUUGUUAGUGGGUGUGAGCCUGCAGCAUCUAGCUUAUCCUAUAAUUCAAUACAGAUUGACAACAAAUUAGCAGUUUUGUUUACAGGCUAUGCAAAAUGUAAGCUCUGAAAGAGAAAACAUUCAGAACUUGCACAGUAGGGAGACUUCCCUCGGGUCGAAGCAAAGUUAAAAGUAGUUUUAAACUGCACAUAGCCCAUGCUAUAUACCAAAUUCCUGUGCCUUUGCAAGCAUGAAACAAGUUCCAUAAAAUAUGUUGUGUGUUUCAUUUAUACUCAUCUUCCAGCCAUCUGUCAGAUACCCAUUUUCUUGUACAAAAACCAAUGUCUUGUUUGUUUUUCUCAUCUGUUUUGGCUCUGUAACUGUCUGAUAUCGAGGCAUAAGAAAGCUUCUCUAUGCAAUUUAACUGUUGUUGAUGUGACAGAAUUGAUGGCAUUUCAAAAGAACAAUAACUGACCAGAUAUUUUGCCACUGCCUUUUCCAUUCACCAAUCAGAAAUUGUGACUGUUUCUAUAGUUAAUAUAAUCCAUCCAGUGUAUUGUGUCACAGUGAGAGCCUGAACUGAUUUGUUGCCUUAUCUCCAUACUAGUGCACUUUCUGGUAAGGUUCAAACAAUUGGCAUUGGGGAAACUCCCCUGCUUUAUUUAUCCCCUCCCUAGCCCUGGACACUGAAGGUAGCUGGAGCAUUUUUGAUAGCAGCUUAAUGAGCAUUGCUGAAAGUUGGUCCUGAAGGUCCUUUGUCUAUAACUGCAUCUUUCAUUAAACACUCAAUUUAAUAUAUUUGAAUAAAUUUAUCAGAAUAAAUGAUUACAGGAUAAUUUUGUUGCCAUUCUCCACUCCUAGGUCACAUCUGAGGUCUGUUUCCAAUUGAAACCCCUCAUCUGUUCACAACCAUGAAUAACUGUAUUAAAAAAAACUCGAAACAAAUGAUGACCAGUGGCUGAAAUAAAAAUCAGAAAUUUUCUAAAUGAUAUUGUUAAGAAAAUCUUCUUCAUUUGCUAGCAAAAUCACAAAUGUUUUGAUAGGAAGUGUUCCCGAAAUGUAAAAGUCCUCAGGAAAGCAUCUACAUUAAAACUUCAGUUAUUUUUCUAAGAGUUGGUUGGUUUCUGUCUCAUUGUUGGAAUUUAUCAACAAAUAUUGUUUCAAGCACUGUAUAAAAGUAUUUGCCUUGUCAGUAUACUUCAUACAAUCCUAGCUCAGCUACCAAAGUGAGUGUUCAGAAACAGUACAUCUGUUCUAAAGCAAAUCCAUUGUGAUAAGCUUCUUUUAAAAUUUAAAUCUGAUCCAAUUUAAAAAUUGAGUAAAACCUAAGGUUGAGAGGUUCAUUAUCCUGAAUGCUGGUGUUGCAGUUAUUGUUCCCAUAUGGAUUCCUAUGUUAUAAAAGUCCUAAGGGGACAGCAUUUCAGGAUACUUACCCCUUUCUUAGACAGUCACAAUGUAUAGAACCUCAACAUGUCCCUACCCUGUUCAGUCUUGUUGUAUAGUAUCGCAAUUCAUCUUACCUUAUUUUAGAUUGAAGAGAACCCUGUCUAAACUCUUCUGCCUUUAUGUAAUUAAAACAAAAUCCUGCUUUCAGGAAGUGGAGAUGGAGCUUUUAAAAAAUG